AUGACACCUGUUGAGAAACGAGUAGCAGAAGAUGUGGUUGAAAAACCUUUUAUUAAACGUGCCAGUAAAAAUGUAAGAAAAUAUAAAGCUAAGAAAGUUGAUGCAACUGCUCCUUUAGGAGUAUUGGAAUUUGAAAUAAAUGAAUUGGCUAAGGAUAAUGAUUUAACUAAUGAUAUGAUUUCUAAUGAUAUGAAGUUGAUUUUGAAUGAUGAAUCAGUUUUACCUAUUUAUCAUAGAGAAGUUGAAGAUGUAGAAAUUUUGAAAUUAACAAGUAAUGGUGAUGGUUUAGGUAUAAUACCUCAUCCUCAAGAUAUCACAAAGAAACAAAUUGUUAUAGUUCCAUUUGGACUUCCUGGUGAUGUGGUGACUAUCAGAGUAUUCAAAUCUCAUCCUUCAUAUGUGGAAUCAGAUUUACUUUCAAUACAAAAAAGUUCUGAAUAUAGAGAUGAUUCAUUAAUCAAUUGUAAAUAUUUUGGUAAAUGUUCAGGUUGUCAAUAUCAAAAUAUUCUGUAUGAUCAACAAUUAGAAUUCAAAAGGAAAGUAAUUGAAAAUGCUUAUAAGUUCUUUGCUAAGGAAAUAAGUGAUAAAUUACCAGAAGUUGAUAAAACUGAACCUUCUCCAUUGCAAUAUAAUUAUCGUACAAAAUUAACUCCACAUUUCAAUUUACCCAAUUCAAUCAAAAAUGGUAAACCUUUGGAUUUCUUACCUCCAUUAGGUUUUGCUGCUAAGGGUAGACCUCAAUGGAGAUCAACUGAAGGAGGUGAUAAUUCAAUUCUUGAUAUUGAAGAAUGUUCAAUCGGAACUCCUAUCAUUAAUAAAGGUAUGGCUAAUGAAAGACUCAAGUAUCAAAAGACUAUCAAGAAUUAUAAAAAAGGUGCAACCAUAUUAUUAAGAGAAAACACAAGAUUAGAUAAUGAAGAAUCUAUUAAUGACAUAAACCCUGAAAAGGAAUCUGUGGAUGAAAAAGGAGAUGUUACAAUCCAUAAACAAGAUGGUCACAUUAAAACUUGUGCUACCAAUUCAAGAUACAUAGUCAAUGAAAUCAUUGAUAAUAAGAACUUCAAAUUCUCUGCUGGAGAAUUCUUCCAAAAUAAUAACAGUAUUUUACCAGCUGUCACUAAUUAUGUUAAAUCUAACUUAUCGUUAUCAAAUGAGAAACCUAAUUAUUUGAUUGAUGCUUAUUGUGGAUCAGGUUUAUUUUCAAUAACUUGUUCUUCAAAUGUUGAAAAAGUCAUUGGUGUUGAAGUCAGUGCUGAUUCAGUUAAAUUUGCUAAAUUGAAUGCUGAUGCCAACAAUAUUCAAAACUCAGAGUUCAUUGUAGGUAAAGCAGAGAAGAUAUUCCAAAAUAUUGAUUUACCAUCAUCUCAAACAUCUAUUAUUUUAGAUCCUCCAAGAAAGGGAUGUGAUGACGUAUUCUUGAAUCAAUUAUCCGAUUUCAAUCCUGCUAAAAUCAUCUAUAUAAGUUGUAAUGUUCAUUCUCAAGCAAGAGACUUACAAUGGUUCUUAAAUAAUACUGCCAAUGGUCAUUUAUAUAAAGUCGAUAGCAUCAAGGGAUUUGAUUUCUUCCCUCAAACUCAUCACGUGGAAAGUGUUGCAGUUUUAUCAUUAAAAUAG